CUUCCCUGGUCGACAGGGGUCCGGAGAAUGCAAGAUUGAAUGGUUCCACAUAAUCUGGGCUGGAGGUUUUUGUGUUAGUCAGCUAAAAAAUAAAAGAAAACAAACCUGCAAGCUGUUUUUGUGUAGAAAAUUAUUCGGAAUGGGCGAGAGACUAUUGUCAGCUCGAUGGGCUUUUGACUGCCAGGCCUGGAAGCCGAACCUUUCUGAACUCAUUGUGGCUGUGUCGGGUAUUCAGCAAGAGGAAAAAGAACGGAUUGGAAAAUUUGUCUUUCAGAAGGAUGCCAAGAGUUCACUCAUCGGAAGGCUUUUGAUGAGAAAAUUCGUGUCCGAGACUAUAGGUACGGCCUGGGGGGAAAUAAAACUCCUGCGGGAUGAAAAUGGCAAGCCUUAUUGGGACGUACCUGGGGUAAAUUUCAAUGUGUCGCACCAGGGCAGAUAUACAAUACUCGCCGGAGAAAUCGGAGACGUUAAAAUAGGUACUGAUGUCAUGGAAAUGAAAUAUACAGGUGGAAAAGACAUCUCGGAGUUUUUCAGACUCAUGGCUAAGCAUUUCACCAACGAGGAAUGGAUGGUUAUAACAGAGCCUUAUGACGAAAAGAGUCAGAUCGCAAUGUUCUUCAGGCACUGGUGUCUUAAAGAGAGUUUUGUUAAAGCGACUGGAACAGGGAUCACUGUCGAUCUAGGAAAAAUAAAUUUCAAAUUGAACACAAAAUUAAUUUCUCAUGAGUCUUUCAACGAAGACACAGAGGUCUCUGUAAACGGGAAAAAACAAGACAAUUGGACUUUUCAAGAAAUACUUCUGCCUGGAAAUUAUUGUGCAUGUGUUGCUUUAUCUCCUAGUGCUAAAAAAAUGUUAUAUAAAGAUCAAAAAUUCUCUGAAAUUAAAAUUGAUGAUAUAAUUAAUUCUGUUGAAAAUAUUACUCAUCCAGAUGAGAAAUACUGUAUAGAAUUUCUUAAAAAAAGAAUUUAGUUUUUGGUUAAUUAAUUUUUAAGGUAGUAGUGUAAUGUAAUAGGUUAAGAUUGUAGAAAAAAUAUAUUUCUUUUUUAAAUUUGCAUAUAAUUGUGUUUUUAACUGUGAAAAAGUCCCAGUUUUCUUGAACGAUUUUUAGCUAGUUUCAUUGCAAUAUCGCAUGUCAGUCAGCAGUAGAGUCAACUGACAGAGAUAUAUUAACUACAAAAGAUCCAAUGUUAUUGCCUGGUAGGAAUGGUCCCAGUAACAGUUACUGAAUGGUAUAUUUAUUGAUUUGGACUGAUAAAAGAAAGGGGUGAAAGACCCAAUUAAAAUAGUUGACGUGCAAAUCGAUAAAGGAGGCAAAUAUUAAUAUCUUUAGACAUGCAAAGUUAAAUUUUACAAUUGGUGAAGGUAUGAUUGAAAAAGUGAAAUUUUACGAAACGGAUUCUCU